AUGAUUAUAGAGAAUGGAGCUUAUCCUUCUCCACUUGGCUAUGGAGGUUUCCCUAAAAGUGUUUGCACUUCUGUCAGUGAAUGCAUUUGCCAUGGCAUCCCUGAUUCACGACCACUUGAGGAUGGAGAUAUAAUCAACAUUGAUGUCACGGUUUACUUAAACGGUUAUAACGGUGAUACUUCAGCUACUUUCUUCUGUGGAGAUGUCGACGAGAAAGCUAAAAAGCUAGUCCAGGUGACAAAGGAGUCUCUAGACAAAGCGAUAUCAAUAUGUGGAGCUGGAGUAAAGUACAAGAAAAUCGGCAAAACCAUUCAUGAUCAUGCAGAUAAACAUAAGUAUGGAGUUGUUAGACAGUUUGUAGGCCAUGGUAUUGGACGUGUCUUCCAUUCUGAUCCUGUUGUUCUUCACUUCCGGAACAAUGAAGCUGGACGCAUGGUGUUGAAUCAAACCUUCACCAUAGAACCGAUGCUUACGGUAGGAAGCAUAAAACCGGUUAUGUGGGAUGAUGAUUGGACCGUGAUAACAGAAGAUGCAAGUCUCUCUGCGCAGUUCGAGCAUACCAUUCUUAUAACCAAACAUGGAGCUGAGAUAUUAACCAACUGUUAGAAAUUUGAUUCCCAAAUAUGUCUCAUAUUGAUCUUUAUUAAAGUGGAAUACAAAGUCAAAUUGUAUGUAUGAAAAUCAUAUUCAUAUUCAAUUAUUCUUUUGCUCGCAAA